UUCUACUUAAAAUUACUUGCUUCUUUCUGAAUAGAGAUAGAGUGAGACAAUGGGUGCUAAUACUUCUUCGCCAAAAGAGAGACUUUCGCUGAGCGACCUCCGUUCAAGGAAGUCACGGACAGCUUCCAAAGUCAGUCCUUUUAUUGUGGAAAUGAAGAAUGAGAAUCAGUGGAAAUCUCAGUUCAACGCUCUAAAAGACACAAACAAGCUGCUGGUGAUCGAGUUCACGGCCAAAUGGUGUGGACCAUGUCAAUUCCUUGAACCGAAGCUUGAAGAUUUAGCGGCUGAGUACACCAAUGUUGAGUUCGUGAAAAUUGAUGUCGAUGUGAUAAUGAGCGUGUGGAAGGAGUACAACCUUUAUACUUUUCCUGCGGUUGUAUUCACGAAGAGAGGUCAGGAGGUAGACAGAGUUGUUGGUCUGAAGCUUGAUGAGAUAGAAGGAAAGCUCCACAAAUACGCAUACUCCUUCUGAAAAAUAUGAAGCUUUUACUUUCAUGCCAAAAAAAAAGCUCUUCUAGAUUACCAUAUGCCAAUAAUAGUAGUUUACUACUAUGUAAAAGUAAAUGUUUUAACUAAGAUUCAUCAAAUAAAACCUAAUUUGUAUGA